ACACAAACAAAACCGGAAGUGCUGCUGUUUUAGAGCAGCUGAGGAUGAAACAUUUGAGUUGAUAUGGAGCCUGUCUUUUCGCGGUUUGACUCUUAUAACUUCGAGGCUGAUCAGCGGUUUGUGGACGGUCUGAAAUCUUUAAACAAGUCCGAAGAAACCGACCUGCAGGACCUCAAACUGUUCUUCUACAACAGGUUCGUUGAGCCCAUAGACCGAAGCAGCUACAAACAGUGGAGCUCUUCAUCUCCUCGUGUCUCCUCAUCCUCAGGCCUCGCUGUUGAGCAGCUGGACCAGAAGACGCAUCCACAUUCAGACUUUGAUGUCAGUAAAAACCAAACGGAUGCAUCUGUACACACAGAGACACAGCAGCUUUCCUUUGCGGAGGUGAUGCGACUCAUUCAGGAGGGAAAGGAAGUACCUGGAGUGAAAAAACUGGACAUACAGCCAAGCAACCAGAGUCCUACUCCUUCUCAGAUGGUGCGGAUACUGAAACCCUGGGAAACAGCAUCGUCUUCCAAAUGACUUUUCACUCUUUACAGCACCGUGCAUAUAGAAGUGUGUAAAUAAAGAACAUGAUGAAGUUUAACCAAA